CAAGACUGUCAUAAAUCAUUUGAUAUGCGUUGCAAUCGCAAUUUGCACCCAUCUCUCUCUUUGUUGCUGCCACUGCUACUUUCAGUGUCUUCCAUUCUAUGCAUCACUUUACCAAAUUGCCCCUGCUCAGAGAGGUGGGUUUUUCUAGGGUUUGGAGGCUAUGUCGAAAGCGGCUUAAAUAAGAUCAGGUGAAGAAAAUGAUUCUCACAAAACAGUACCGGUGCAUACACUCAGCUAGCUGUCAAUGCACCAAAGGUCAUUUAAGUGAAGAUGUGAUAUUCUUAGUAUUUCAUAAUUUGAAUUGGAAUCCCAAGCUAAUUGCUACUUUAUCAUGUGUGUGCAAAUGGUUUGAUGAUCUUGCCAAGCGAGUUCUAUGGAAAGAGUUUUGUCAAACAAGAGCACCGAAGAUGUUGCGUGAUCUGCAAUCUAACGGGAGCCACAUCGUUGAUGGGAACUGGAGAGCCCUGGGGAAGCUGCUUAUAUACUGUUCGGGAUGCACCAAAGGUGGCUUAUUCAAUAGCAUUCAGAUCCCUGGUCACUUUGUUUAUCAGACUCGAUUUUCUAGAACAUCAGGAAAGAGUUUUCUUUUGCCACAAUGCAGAACUGAUGUUUUGUAUGUGUCUGAUCCUUGUGAGCAUCUUGACCAAGGUGAAGAAGGAGAUGUAGGAUUCUUCCGUGGAAUUUUUAAGUCAUUUGCAACUUCAAAGGUCAGGAAGAUGCUUAUUAAUAAAGGUGCCAAGCUUCAUCCAACAGAAGUCUGCCCAUAUUGUAAGGCAAAGUUGUGGAGCAUGCUGCAAGCCAAAAUGAUCCCUCAAAGUGCUAGUUUCAUAUUGGGUUCUUAUGAUGAUUGUAUUGAGUAUUAUGUGUGCCUCAACGGCCAUAUGCUUGGGAUAUGUACCCUGUUACCACUGUCUGAUUCAGAAGAGGCAUCUGAGUUGGAAUAAUACCCAAAUGAUUUCCAGGUUGGAAGUAAUUCUUGGCAUGUUGGUUUAACACUAUGCUAGUAAACUCCUGGGUCAAUUCAGCUAAUCAGCACCUGAAAUAUGCCAUUAAUUUACCUUGAGCUUGAUGCUGCAGUCUCUCCCAAGGCAGCAAUUCCAAGGAAGGACAGAUAUUAACCAAUUUUCGUAUGAAUCAUUAUACAGAAUGUUGUUACUAUGAUCUACGUGAUAUCCCAUGUAUAUUGAUACGUGGUGUGUGUGCAAUAAUUCAUACUUGAUCAAUAUAACCAUUUACAUCACUCCACUCUCCAAUCCCUUCCCCCGGGCGAUGAAGAAUACAAAAUAAAUUUGGAUUUAAUUGAAAAGAUGUAUUCUUUAGGUUUUAUUUUGUAUUUAAAUGAGAAACUGUAUUCUCUAGAUCAUUCGGUCCUGGAAGGUUUGAAUUUGUGUUGGGAUUCUAGUUAAAAUCAGAACUUCAGUAGAACUUAUUUAAGUUCAUUAAAGUAUUUCAUGACUUGUUACUCUAAA